AGUGAGGAGGAGGUGGCGUGAGGAGACCAUGGCGGGAGGAAUGAAAGUGGCGGUCUUAUCUGCAGUUGGUGCCGGGCCCUGGAGCUGGGGGGCCGGGGGCGGUGGUGCAGUGCGACUGCUCCUGGUCCUCUCCGGCUGCUUGGUCUGCGGCUCAGCCGGAAUUGAUUUAAACGUGGUCAUGCUUCAGGAAUCCAGAGUUUAUUAUAUGAAUACCAGUCAACAAUCCUGUUAUAAAAAUGUGCUUAUCCCAAAGUGGCAUGAUAUAUGGACACAGAUACAGAUUCGGGUAAAUAGUUCCAAACUGGUCCGAGUCACCCAGGUGGAGAAUGAGGAGAAACUGAAGGAGCUAGAGCAGUUUAGUAUCUGGAACUUUUUUUCCUCCUUUUUAAAAGAGAAAUUGAAUGACACCUAUGUUAACGUGGGUCUAUACAGCACAAAAACCUGCCUCAAAGUUGAGAUUAUAGAAGAAGACACCAAGUACAGUGUCACUGUGACCCGGAGAUUUGACCCCAAACUCUUCCUCAUUUUUCUCCUUGGACUUAUUCUAUUUUUUUGUGGUGACUUGCUGAGCAGAAGUCAAAUCUUCUACUAUUCCACUGGGAUGAGUGUGGGAAUUGUAGCCUCUUUACUAAUCAUCAUUUUUAUGCUGUCCAAGUUUAUGCCCAAGAAAAGUCCCAUUUACAUUAUCCUGGUAGGAGGCUGGUCCUUUUCUCUGUACCUCAUUCAGCUAGUUUUUAAAAAUUUACAAGAGAUCUGGAGAUGUUACUGGCAGUAUCUUUUAAGCUAUGUCCUUGCAGUUGGAUUCAUGAGUUUUGCAGUCUGUUACAAGUAUGGGCCCUUGGAGAAUGAACGAAGUAUCAACCUGCUGACUUGGACCUUGCAGCUGAUGGGCUUAUGUUUCAUGUAUUCCGGUAUCCAGAUACCACACAUUGCCCUUGCCAUUAUCAUCACUGCACUGUGUACUAAGAGCCUGGAGUACCCUAUUCACUGGCUGUACAUCACCUACAGAAAGAUGUGUAAUGCAACAGAAAAGACUGUCCCCCCUCGUCUUCUGACAGAAGAAGAAUAUCGGAUACAAGGAGAGGUAGAGACCCGAAAGGCUUUAGAGGAGCUUAGAGAAUACUGCAACAGUCCAGACUGCUCGGCUUGGAAGACUGUUUCUCGAAUCCAGUCUCCAAAAAGAUUUGCUGACUUUGUGGAAGGAUCUUUCCACCUCACACCAAAUGAGGUUUCUGUCCAUGAGCAGGAGUAUGGGUUAGAGAGCAUUAUUGCCCAGGAUGAACUCUAUGAAGAAACAUCCUCUGAGGAGGAGGACUCAGAUUCUCGGUACCCCGCCAUCACACAACAGAACAACUUCUUGACUUAGGUGGUUGUCAGUUAUUUUUAUGUGGAUUGGCUUGGUACCUCAAUGAUCCAGGUUGCAUGUGUUGCACAAUUGCUUCUCAAAUCUUGGAAGUUGGAUGAGAUAGUGCUGAAAUUCUCCCGCUGAAACUAGAGGCCUGAGUAGACCUCCCUCUGGAAAUGGUCUUGGUGGUCUCUGGGGUCCUGAGGAAGCAGAGUGGAUAAAGUAGUGACUAAUUCCCAACACGUCCCAUUGGUUAAGUUCUCAGCCCACCUUUAUAUUUCCGAAGAAACUGGAUUGCCACGGCUAGCAUGGCAUUCCAGCUCCUCUUUGAAAGUUGAUUCAGUCAUGGCAUUUCAAACUCAGAAGUGAUAACUGUUAUAUGUGAAGUAAUGCUUUCAGACUAUAGGCUGCAUCUUUCAGAGACAAAUCCACAAAUCUGAGCCUCUUUUACUUCUGCUUUUAUUUCAGUGACUUUAGCAUAAUCCUUGUUUUAACUGUUUUAAGAGGAAAAUAGAUUAUUAUUUGUCUGUCUUUUUUUUUAAGUGAAUACAUUUUAAAAAUGUGACAAACUCGUUCCAGAGCCAGCAAGUGCUCCAGAGUGACAAGCCCCAUAGGCCCCUACGUAUUUAUUAAUAUGGAUUAUCCAUUAAAGCCCAAGGAGUGUUAUGCUGAGCUUUGGAUUAGUUCUCAUACCUAUGAUAUUCUAAGUCCUGCCUGCAGGCCUUUCUGUAGAUGAGGUCUGUUGGGGUUUUUAUUAUAUUUAACUUGCAAUUCUAUUUUAAAAAUAAGUUUGCAUUCUUCCCUUCUAAGUCCUCGUUGCCCCAUUUUCCCUUUCAGGAAGGGUCUAUUCCCUCACCUCUGAAGUAUGUACAUUUCAGUUUGUUUCAUUUCUUAUAUUCUCUUCCCUUUGGUUAAUAAUAGCAUUGUUUCUGCUGGUUAGAAGGAGUGAUCUUAUUUAGGGAAUUUAAAUGCUUUUUAAGGUUCUCCAUUUUUCCUGUCAGCGGGUCACAUAUCUUUGAAUUGCUGUGGGAUCAAGAAACUAUCUCUUUUUCCUUUCCCUUCCUUUGUCUACCCAUUCUACCUAUUCUUUUCAGCCUUUCCGUACCACCUGUAUCCCUCCACACCGGAAGUCUGGCUGAUUUGUGAGCCUGAAACUAUCUAUGAAGGUUCUUGAUACAAUAUACAUGUUGUAGCUAUGUGGCUGCCGCAAUUUGCAUUGUCAGGAGAUAGACCUCCAGAUAAUCCUUAUGCCUCUGGGUGCUUGUGGAGAUAGACCUCCAGAUAAUCCUUAUGCCUCUGGGUGCUUGUUCAGCCAUCAGGAGCAGAUGCACUUUUCUAUGAACUUAUUGUACUUAUUUGCAAUUCCAUUUCUGACCAGAGGUUCAUGCUGCCUUUUAUUACAGUGGCAUUGGUUUCACUUUCUUUUGCCAUUGGAAAGUACCCUUAUAAACAAGCAGUGCCAUUUAUGAGGGAGCAAAUUCCCAAGUCUCUGUCAUUCGCUUGGUUCUGUCUUUGUGAUCUUCACCCUCGUACCUUGGAAAAAGCUAUAAUUACUUUAUUCAGGAAGAUAGACACUAACGGCAGGAGCACAGCAUUGGACUGACUGGCUUACCAUGAUCAUGGAGAAGGCAGAUGAUUUUUUAAAAAGCUGUAAUGACUCCUUCAGACCAGCCAUGAACAGAUAAUGUUGAAAGGUUCUGGACUCCAUUACAGACUUCCAGAAUGUCAGUUCUGAGAUUCCCCUCCAGGUGGCCAGUUGAUUUUUUUCUGCCAGUGUUUCCCACAGCUUUAAACUGUCCUAAAGUGACAACUACCUCAGUUGGCAGCAAAUAGACAUAUAGCAGAAAGUGAAAAAUAAGCAGUAUUUGGACAGAUGCCAUGGGUUAAAGUUGCUUUAUAUUAGGAAACCUUUCUAUCUUUGUGAAUUAUGUACAUGGUAACAUUUUAUCUCUCUACAAAGAACUGUUAAGACCUCUGAAAUUUACUAUUUUUUGCCUCAUUAAUAGAAAUCAAGACUUAGCAUAUUUGAGCCUAAGCUGAUUUGAAAAAAUAAUUCGGCUGUACAAAUGGUCUCUGGAUUCCCUGGAGACUUUGGUGCCUUCCCCAUAUAACUACUUAGGGACAUGGUUACUUGCCUCCAGUGUGACUUUUCCUGACUCAUGUCUUUAUUUCAGCAAGAAAGCAUUGUGAAGUAGAGAAAGAUUCUCGUCUUUUUCUGUCUAGUAAACCCCUUGUGAUAUACAGUUUCCAUCUCAAGAUGAGUUUUUCUCACUGUGUUUGAAUUUGGGAUGAGUAAAAUCAAACUCGGUUUAUUACUCCCUGUCUGGUAGUUGAAGAACUGAGCUGUAGGCAGUGGCAAUGACAAUGGGUCCUGCAGCAUGAGAGCUGCUCUCAGACAGUGAAGGACGGUGCCUCUGGUGUGCUGUGUCCUUGCCCUGUCUUCCUGUGUGGCUCUGCCCCAGAUGCUUCAGAGCCUCUGUGCGCCUGGAGAUUGCUUGACUCCAUAAACCUUUUUUAGGAGCUCUUCUUGUCUCCCUUUUGGCCACUUAGUCUGCUGGCUCAGUCACUACUUGAAGCCCCCACUUAAUUUUCAGUUACAGCUCUUGCAGUUUCAGCAUAGUCUCGUCUCAGACAGAUCUCAUCAAAGAAGGAUUGAAGGGAUAACUGUGGAGUGAGCUGGACAUUGGAGCUACGUCUGCUGCCAUGUCAGCAUCUUGCUCGGCAAAUAUCAAGCUGUAAAUUGGCCCUAGGUCUCAGGGUCCCAUCAGCAUCAGAAAUCUAUUGUCCCUAAUGGGUCCGACCAAGUUGUGUAGAGCAUGACUCCCAUUAAUGGGAAUACAAGAGCCAACUGGCCUAAAACAUUUCCCCUUCACUUUCCCACUCAGAUCACUUUCAGAAGACCCAUGGAACCAAUGACUGAUAAUAAGGAAAAUUUAGCAACUUUGAUAUCUUCUAAUAAAUUCCUAUCAGCCACUUCAUCCCACCAAAACUAGUUUAUUUCUUCCCCCAAAUUCAUGGCCUUUAUGUUAGUUACGGGAUUUUGCUGAUGAUAGACUUUGAGUCCCAGUGUUCCAUUUUGUGCUAAUACAUCCCAUUUUAGGGCCUAGCCCUCUUCAUUGACUGUUCCCUUCAACUCAAUCCCCACUUUACAUAUACAAUAGAGAGUUGAUGAAUGAAAGGACCCAAAUAGGCCAGAUAGUUCCCCCAGGCCCUGCUAUCCAUAAAAGGCUUGGGAAUGGAUUAUGCAAUUGCCCUCAAUCUUUUUGUUGUUCCAGAAAAAACGAUGGGCUCAGAUGGAUGCCUACAUAAAAAUGGUUCCUAGCUAUGUACUCAUAACUUUUCUCUGAAUUGAGUAGUGAAAGUUGAAGUAGGAGAAAAGGAAAUUAAAUGUCCUUCUAAUAUUCCUUUGGACUCAGGUCUGACAUAAGAGAUAAUAACCUAUUAUUGAAAUGCCAGGAAUUUUAUCUGAACCAAGGAGAGGACAAUUUGACAGAUUUAUUAUGCCUUCAUGUUACAUAGGCACUGAAACCAAGUAAUAAACAUAAAAUAGCCAUUGCACAGGCAAAUGCACCUAAAACCUUUUGUUUAUGUUUUGAUGUAGCAAAAAAGUGGUGUUCCGGGGUAUCUCUUGGUAACUUAGCUUAUGGAUUCAGUUGCUAUUGAGUUGGAUUCUAGACAGUUAAUUACCUUGAAAAGGGAGUUUGGUGCCUUAUAUGAUGGGAGCCAGAGCCUGCUGGGAAUAAACAAAGCGGAUUCACACCAGUGUCAACACACAGCUUUAGUGGGGAAGGGGGUGGCACACAGUAUCCCCAAAUUUAGGACUUUUGUCUCCCAUACCCCCCGCCCAUGUGUCUCAUCUUCCUUUUCACACUCUUGACAAUAACUUGAAAAUGGUGAAACCACCUUCUCCGAAAUUUUCUACAGCAUGGACAACAUUCUUUUCUUAUUAACAUAAUAGAUAGCUCAUAAUGUGAGUGUUAGAACUGUUACAGCCUGCAGUUGCCUCCCUUUAUCAAGUUUCUAGAAUUGAUGGUGAAAUAGGGAGUUACUGGGUAAGUUUUAGCCUGUGGGUAAUGCCUUAGUGGUUUUUUUUUUUCUUAGUGUUAUUUUAAAAGAUUUGUCAUUUAUAUUUAAAAUAAGUUCAUGAAUGUUUGAAAGCAACAAAAUGAUCAGGGAUGACUCUUUGCCAUGGGUCUCAUUUUCACUCUUUCCUGCAAGAAAAAACAAUGACGUCUUAUUAUAUAUUUUUUCAUUUUUAUUGUACAAGUUUGUAAGUAAUCCCAAUUUUAAUAAA